UGUUUUAUUUUGAAAGUCAUCCCGGAUGUGUAGCGUCUGUAGUUUCAGCUUGACGCUCGGCGGUCAGCUGUUAGUCUAGUUGUCAACAUGUCGCAGUUAAACGGUAACUAACCGGUAAAUAACCGGAUUAAAGGACAGUCGGUGGCGCUCGGUUUUGGCGGGAGAAUGGAGACGUUCAGUAAGCUAACAAGCAUGCUGCUGCACGCGCUGGAGACGAGGGAGCCUACAGUGGAUCUGUUGGACUCCUUUGUUGAUCACUGGAAAUCAAUAACUAACUACUACAUCGAGACGACAGAUGAUCAGUCGUCCUGUCAGACAGACAGAGAUCCCCUGGCGUCUCAGACAGAUGUUGGACAUCCUGGUGUAUGAGGAGAAACAACAGGGUGUGGAGCAGACUGGCUCUUGUGUCGAGUAUCUGCUGCAGCACAAACUGUUGGAGACUCUGUGCACUCUGGGGAAAGCUCAGUAUCCUCCAGGUAUGGUGCAGCAGGUCUUGCUGUUCUUCUCUAAGUUGUUGUCUCAAAUGCAGAAGCCUCUCCUGGAGCUGGUCAGCGUCUACAGACCUGUUCAGAAGCUGAUUCGUCUCUGUGCACUUCCUGGUUCCCACACUGAGAAGGAGGAAGCUCAGUUCCUAUUGGUUGUCUGCUCCAGAGUCAAACAGGAUCCGCACACGCUCAGAUACGUCUUAGAGAUUCUGGACCAACCAGCAGCCAGGACACCAGCGUCUGACCAAUCACAGCUCUGCACACAAGGCUCCAGUUACAGCACAGAGCCACAACUGCCCUCCAGCCAAUCAGAUUCAUCUACUAGCAGCCCGGUCCAAUCAGAGUCUGGUCUGCUGUCGGCUCUGCUGCAGCUCACCAAGAGUCAGAGGAGUUCAGUGUGUCUGAAGGCCUACGAGAGCCUCCUGCUGCUGUCUGGUCUCCAGUCUGGAUCUUCAGGGGAGAUUCUGUGUUCUCAGACCCAACUGGGAGAGCUGCUGGCUGGGAGGCUGCUGGAGCUUUACUCCCUGCUGCCUCUGGAGAGUCUGGAUCCCGGAGAGGUGCAGAGCUGGCCGCAUACACCGUGGAGUUCUCAGUUCUCUCGCCGCAGCUCUGAUCUCAGGUCAGAGUCUGCUGCUUCUGAUCACAUGACCAACUUCUUCUCCUGGUUUGACUUCCUGGAUCACCUGAUGAGAGAAGCACCUGAGCAGGUGUUAGCAGUGAAGCUAGCUCAGUGCGUUCAUCAGCUCUGGUUGCUGGAUGUUGUUCAGCCUCAGCUGCAGCACACGUGUGAGCAGGUGGUGCUGGUCUCCACCUCCCUCCUCUGUGCUGCUGUCAGACUCGUCCAGUCCUCCUCUCUGCUGGAUCAGCUGGUUCACUUCCUGCUGAGGUCACACACACUGACACACCUGCUGCUGCAGCGCUGCGACCACAUCUCUGACCAGAUCAGCAUGGCGUCUCUGUCUCUGGUGGAGGAGUUACUACAGAAGCCUCACAGGGACAUUUUGGACGUCCUGGUGUUGAGUUUCCUGCAGAGUCGUAGUUACCUGUCUCCACCUGCUGCAGGACAGGACGAUAGACACGCCGAGACCGACGAGGAGAGCGAUGAUCUGGAGGAGGACCCGUUCUUCUUCUCUGGCGGCUUGUUGUCAGACAGUCAGCUGCUCCCUCUUCCUCCUCCUCCUCCUCCCACUCUGUCCUCCUCUUCCUCCUCUGCUCCUCCUCCUCCUCCCUCUGGACUGGAAUCAGCUGCUGAUGUCGUCAACAGUUUCCUGUGUUUAGUUCCUGUUCAGGUUCGAUCAGCUCACCUGCUGCAGGAGGGAGGAUACGAGUCGUACGUCCACGACGCUCACACGCUGGUGACAGAGUGUCAGUCUCUCUCUCAGUCGUGGGAUUGGCCGCUCGGUCUUCCUCCUCCCACCUCCUCCUCCUCAGGUGAGGCGGAGGAGUUCUUCGAAGGUCACCUGCUGAAAGUUUUGUUCGACCGACUGGGACGCGUCCUGGAGCAGCCGUACGAGUUGAACCUGCAGUUGACUGCAGUUCUGUCCAGACUGUCGGCCUUCAACCACCCACUGCUGCACGAAUACCUGCUCAACCCCUACGUACACCUGUCUCACUGCUCCAGGUCGCUCUUCUCUGUCCUCAUCAGGUUGAUGGGAGAGUUGAUGCAGAGGAUCCAGCAGGUUUCCAACCUGACAGACAGACUGUUGAAUGCCAGGAGACACCUGCUGGGACUGAACCACAACACUGGGCUGGAGCACCUGACCCUGCUGAGAGGACUCAUCAUCCUUGAGGAGUUCUGUAAGGAGCUUGCUGCCAUCGCCUUCGUCAAACUGCCCCUGGACCAGAACUAACACACCUGGACCACCUGGGACAGGUACACAUUUAGGUACGCCUGGUACAUGUGAUCUCCGCCCUGAGGACACUGACAGGUACAGCUGAGACAGAUCCACCCGAGUAACUGGGGACAGGUACGCCUGUAUGGACCGGGUUCAGCUGUCCACCUGGACUCUCAGAACCUGUUGAUCAUCUUCAGUCGUUCCACCUGAAGAUUUGUAACCUUUUGACGUUAGUUGAGAACCUGAUUGAAGCCCGUGUGAGCUGCAGCUGCAGUGUUUCCGAGGCGACCCUGAACGUCUCAGCGUCUCUGCCUUAAUGAACCGUCUCACUUCGUCCCGAUUCUACAGUCUGACAUAAAACUGCUUCAUCAUCAUCAUCAGUCAGUGACAUCAGAGCCUGCACCCGCACGCCAGUUUAGUUGUUUAUUACAGUUUCAGAGUUCACUAUAAUUCAGAUUUAUUAAUUAAUUCAGAAUUAAUGAAUUAAUGAAUAAAUGUAUAAAGAUCAGCCGGACCUGGACUCAGGUGGAGGAUAAACUGCGGUGAGAGCAGAGAGACGAACGGUGGGGGUUUAAAGAUGAUUCCAGGGAACUGAUUGGAUAAUAAUUGAGGGGUGGAGCCACACAGUGAUGAUGAAACAGAACUUAAAGGACAGGUUGACAGUUUUUAACGCUUUAAGCAUCACUCGCAUACGAACACAUAUCCUGCUCAUAAUCACUGGCAGAGGACCGGACCACAGUCCUGAAGUUCAUCUGGAGUUCAGCACAUCGAGUUUCAGACUGCUGGACUAAAUGUCUUUGUUUCUCUGAGCUGCAGUGGACGAUGAGCUCGGACUGCUUCGUGUUAACUUCACACUGUGGAUUCUCUACACGGUCCGUACGAACAGGAGGCAAGACCUGCAGGAGGUCUGAUACCGAGACCUGGUCUGGGGGUGCUUUUCAUUACGCUAACGUGUCUCCUGGCUUCCUUUCCUCGCGUCCUCGCUCCUCCCAGCGAAGAUGUGCGAGAGAGACGCGAUGACGGAGCAGCUGUGUCACCUGCAGCAGCAGCUGCAGCAGCAGCUGUGUCACCUGCAGCAGCAGUGUCACCUGCAGCAGCAGCUGCAGCAGCAGCUGUGUCACCUGCAGCAGCAGUGUCACCUGCAGCAGCAGCUGCAGCAGCAGCU